CAGCAUUGCGUAGAAUUAUUUUUUUUCAUCGAAAUCCACGGGUGAUUCAAAUACGUCUGUGUUCAUUGAUUGGCUGCAUGUGACAAUGUAGAAAAAUGUCAAUAGUACGAUAAAAACAAUUCAGUUUAGCGCCUGACUUUUUUUGAUACAUUCGGUCCGAAAUGGCGCAACGCUAUUCCCCACCAACGAAAAUCGUUUCUGUUGCGUGAAAUAUCCGAAAUUUUAUAUAUAGUCGAGGGGAGUCCUGAUAUAGAGAAAAAAGAAAAUGCUGCAGCGUUUACUGUUGCAAGUGCGGUCCAUGUGCACGAAGGACAAAUGGAGACAGGUACCGAAGAUCUCGCCCUCGGUGAAGGGCUCGCAGUACUUCAACAAGGCCUUCGGGGAGUACCUCUUCAUUACGAACACCGUGACUUCGGGUGGUCUGAUGGCGAUCGGGGAUCUGAUACAACAGGAGAUCGAGUACCGCAGCCACAGUCUGCCUGAGAGGUACGACUGGGCCAGAUGGACCAGGUUGACUAUUGUCGGGAUAGCGAUGGGCCCGUUGCAUCACUACUUUUAUAAAUACUUGGACAGCUACCUGCCAAGGCGCAAUCUGUUCUCGGUGGCCAAAAAGAUACUGAUGGAUCAGCUGGUCAUGUCGCCGAUAUGCAUCUCGUUGUUCUUCUACGGUGUCGGUAUGAUGGAGGGGAAGGCGUUCAAGGAGUGCACCAAAGAGAUCAACUCCAAAUUCGUCGAAGUCUACAUGAUCGACUGGAGCGUCUGGCCUCCUACGCAGUUCAUCAACUUCUACUUUCUUCCCGUCCAGUAUCAGGUUCUCUACAUCAACUUUGUCACGAUGCUGUACAACGUCUUUCUCUCGUACAUGAAACAUCGCGAAACCGCAGAAGAGCACAGAUCAGGGGUUUCCAAACUGUACGCUGCGCCAUUAUAACUACAAGUUAAACCAACAAGCUCGCUCACAAUACCGGUACCAAGGAGCGUGCUGAAAGAACCGAAGCUGAGGGGCACAAACAAUGUAAAGAAUAACAAAAAUGUAUAAAAAAAUAUUGUAUAAAUUGUAUAUAAAUAAAUAAAAAAAAAGUUCGCCCUGAGAUAGAUGUUUUGACUUGUGGCGCCGCGGAAUAUAUUAAAGACGCCGCUUUUCGAAAAUGUUUAAGAACCCCUGCUAUACAGUCUAGUAUCUUUUUGUGCUGUUUAUUUUCAUUAAAGUUCUCGAUUAGUCCGGUUUUCAACAGGUUUCAACCUGAAAGAGAAUGAUUUUGAAACAAAAUAAGAAUACAUUAAUGCAGCGGUUUCCAACCUUUAUACUACUACGCCUCCCCGAUUUUUUUUUUCCGCGACUCUCUUGC